AUGGAUGAUUUACUAUUUCUUCAAGUGACCAUUGAGCUAGUUCGGAUCAUCGUCCCGAUUAUCAUUGUUUUUGGAACGUUAGGUAGUAUCGUUAACAUACUGAUUCUAACAAGACAACGUUUACGUGGUUAUGCAUGUUCAAUAUAUUUUGCUGCAUUAUCAACAAAUAAUUUAUUUUACACAACCGUUUUGCUCGUCUAUAAUUACUUACUAGGUGGCUAUGCAAUUGAUCUAGCUCUAUAUUCAAACUUCUUUUGCAAGUUAAUUAGUUAUUUACUGAACUUUUCUCCCGUAGUCUCUGCUUAUUUUAUUGUCUUGGCAUCGAUUGAUCGCUAUUGUGCAAGUUCAUUGGAUGCUCGAAGACGGCGAUUUAGUCAAGUUGGUGUAGCUAAAAUAUCUGUUGCAGCUGUCACGAUCUUUUAUGCACUAUUCAACAUCGGAGCAAUAAUCUCGUUCGAUUUACGAGACGAUGGAGCAGGUUGCACCAUUCGUUCGGAUAGUCUAUUCAAUCAAGUGUUUCUCAUUGGUCUGGUGACCUUUUAUUCCGUCAUUGCACCAUGUCUUCUGGUCAUUUUUGGUGUAUUGACAGUAUACAAUACUAGUCGACUUGGUCAAGCACGUAUUGGUGUUUCUCGUCAACGUCGUACGGAAAAGGAAUUAGCUCGAAUGUUAAUCGUUCAAGUUUUAACACACAUCGUAUUUACCGGACCAUUCUGUGCCAUGCUCGUGAUAUUAGUGCUCCCGGUUGAUUUCCGAUCUACAUUACAAUUCUAUGUGUUGUUUGUUUUCACGAAGAUCCCAUUUUACUUCUCAUAUAUAACUCCAUUUUUCUUAUAUAUCCUGUCGGCGAGAAUCUAUCGGGAAGAGAUGAUGCAAUUGUUUAAGAAAUUGAAUCCAAUGCGAAGACACAAUCUCGUACAUCACAUUAAUCUAACAGUACAAGUUCAAUCAACAGCACCACUGAAGGAAUGA